AUGGACGCCUUCACCUUCGGUUACAUCCUGAUAUUACAUCCAGUCAGCUGACACCGUCUGCGCAUCACGUUCAGAUCACCCGCGACUGUAGCGCAAAUAAUCGCUGACGUUAACGGAGAGUUUUCCACGUUAUUGCAGUAAGCUUAGCUAAUGUUAGCUCCAGUGUGACGCCCGCCCUCCGUGUUUAAGUGUUCACUGACUUCACCGUUUAACGCGAACUACCUGCUCUGAGUGUAGUGAUCGAUGGCUUCAGCUAACUGAGGCGAUUAUGUGAACAUGAGAUAGCUUAUCUGACAUACGAGACAUGGAUGAAAGAAUGAAAGGACCCUUCAGGAGCACAGUUUUCAGGAGGCUUACUCCAGCCAUAUUCGACUCUUUCACUGAUCACUGCAGCCCCCCACUCACUGUCCCCUUGCGCUCUGACCACGUGGAAUAUGGGUCCUCAACAGGGCCGGGGGUUGAUAAGAGGACUGUUAUUAACAGUGAGAGGGUUUUUUUAAAUGAAGUAUCUACUUUUGACUGCGAUGUUGACAACAUCUUGUGCCUCAAUCCGGUUGGCGUGGGGGGAUUUUCCGAAAAUGUAGAGAGCCGCAGAAGUAGUGACACAUUUCAGAAUAAGCCAAUGUUAAGCUCCACAUGGACAAGUGAUGGAGGUUCUGUGGCACACCAUCAAGAGUUAGAAAGUGGAAAUGAACAAGUGGAGGAUGGACGGGGGGGGCUGAAGACAGAACUGUAUCUGAAUGUAUCAGAUGAGGAUGAUGAUGACGGUUAUUUCUCAAUGUUUCAUAAAAGAGCAAAAAUCUCCCCUCAGUCAGGACACAUUCAGCUGUCUAGAGCUACUUCCAGCCCCCAGCAUUGGACAGAUGAGGUUAGAGAGCCAUGGGAUGCGUGCCAUCCUGAAAGUUCAUCCGAACAAGCUGCGAUAACUAGCCGGCACAUUUCCUUUACAGUUAGAGAUUUGUGUCCGACUGUUAGCGGGCCACAACUGGAGUCUGCAAACUCUGAUUCGUUAGAAGGUGACUCUGAAGAGGUGUGGACUAUUGGUCGCCCCAUGUUUGAAUCAUCGAUGUGCCACAGUGUCACAGUGAAGUUGAGUGCAGGUAGUGAGCAGAGCAGACAGGUGACGGAGGAUGUGCAGCACGGUGUGACGGAGCCUGUCCGUGACUGUCAGGCCACAGUUAUACGAGACACAGCCACUGUCCAGUCGACUGACACCAGUUAUGAAGCCACUUUAUCUCCACAAGUACAGGUGAAAUCAGUUGUGGUGGCUCUCAGGCAGAGCACAACCAGUAGCAGCUCCACCUCCAGCAGCUCCACCAGCAGGAGUAAAACAACAGCACGUCCUGUACCGGAGCUGAAAGACUUCCACAGUAACAGAUAUGUCCUCAGUGGCAAAAGAAAAAGGCCAGAGGACAUGGAGGUGGACUGGGAGUGUAAAAAGCAGAGCUAUGUGCACUCUGUCACCAAACACAUGGAAGAGCAUCCAGGAACAACUCAAGAUGUCAUGACUGAGCUCUUCAACCUCAUCACCCAUGUGGCUGAAAAGACACGUGGGGGUAAUGGCAGACAAUGGCAGCAUCCCUCUGACCUCACACGCAGGAACUACCAGAGACGCUUUGGAAAUAUGACGCCAAGAAUGUCCCUCCGUGAAUGGCAGGAAAAAAACUCAAAAACAUACAAGCGCUUUGCCAACGUCCCCAAAAUCUUUGAAAGGAACCUGUUUCACUGAGAACUUGUGGGGCAGAUUGCACUUAACCUCGGAACUAAACUGCUGGACUCAGGGUUUACCAGGUACGAAAAGGGCCUCACAUCAAUGUUUGCACUGUUUUUCUUCUGUAGUUUAAUAUAUGGUGUGUAGUUUUGGUUUGUCAGUUUUUUCCUUUUUUGCAUGUUCUUUUAUUUAAAAAUCUAUGCAUGUUUUAAGGGUUGUUGACAUUGUGGAACUUGAGCUGCAGAACAAGCACUUAAACGUUUGAAGCAUCUUAAAUGUCUGCCUAUUUUUUAUUAUAUUUCAAACUAAGCCUGUUUUAAAGUGUGUUUGGGUAUGUUUGAACUUUUGGCAUUUGACUAUUCGCAUACUUGUUUUCUUGUCUCGUACAGAAGUAUUUACCGUUAACGUUCGUUCAGGAUUUGAUUAACUGAGCACGUGUAUGUUCUUGUUGAAUACUUGCCUCAUGAAGCACCUGUUUCUGUAGAUGUGUUGAAAUGGCAGUAGCUAACAGAAUUAAAUAUUUGAAACUUGAAAAA